AAAUCCCACAGGCUGAGGCACACACACACCUGCCAGAGGAGCAGGCUCUGGACACAGCCAUGUUUGGCAAGAGCGUGGUGCUGCGCAGUGCAGGGCUGCUGUCGGCAGCUGAGCUGGGUUGCCUGGUGCAGGAGGAGGACAUGGGACGGAAGGAGUCCUUCCAGGCCGAGUGGAAGGACCUGUCGCUCUUCACCAGGCCCGAAGAGCGCUGCUCCCGGCAGGAGGUGGAUGACCAGCACAAGGAGACAUUCUGGCAGCAGCAGGAGACGCGCAUCGUGGUGCAGCGGUCACCUUGGCAGGUGCUACGGCUGGGCCGCCUGGGUGAGCCCCUGGCCCAGUACCACCUGCCAUACCAGCGGGUCCUGCCCCUGCCCAUCUUCACGCCAACAGACCUGAGUGCCAAGGCCGAGCGGAUGGCCACCCCUCCCCAGCUGCAUGAUAUGCUGGACUUCGAGGAGGCGCUGGCCGGGGGUACCCAGGCCAAUGGGCUUUGCCCAGACAAGACAGCCGUGGCCGAGAUCACCAAGGAGCUGCCUCCUGUCAUCCCACCCAGCCGGCCCAGCUUUGGCAAGGGUGGCCUGCCCCGCUCCCUGUCCCGCUCCCUGUCCCAGGAGGCCCAGAGGGGCUGAGGAUCUGGUACAUAGACUUUCCUUUAGGGCUCUGUUUUCCCAGUUUAUGGCUCCCUCUGCAUGAGAAAUACCCACAGGCCCUAGUGUGCUGGGACACAUGGUUAUUAGACAGGCCCGUUGUGGAGCAAAUCCAUCCCUAGUGUGAGCUCAGUGAGGCUAUGCCAUGGCUGCAUUAGGCUUGUUGAGUUAGACUGUAUGCUCUUUGGGGCAGGGACCAUGCCAAGUUUGUCUGACACCUUGCAUGCCAAUGAUUGCUCAUAUAAUCAGGCUGUCUCUUUAAAGACUGUCUUCCUGGAGGGGUUGUCAAUCAGCUGUCACAAUGGCUGAUAGAUUUAGCUUCAUGGAGCAGGGGACCUUUCCAAGAGACAUUACUGCUCUUGGGCCCCCAGCUAGGUGAGGGCUAGUGUUUGGAGCAGUUGAUUGCAAGCCUGGACAGUGAGAGGAGUGUGUGUUGGUAUUUGGAGCCGGGGGAAGCUGGGAAUUGGGACCCUUGGGUUCUAGCCUCAGCCUGGUGAAGGCAAUACAGGCUAAUGGCUAGAGCAGGUGCCUGAGUCAGAAGAGAGUGAGUGGCUGUUGGGAAGGGAGUGCUGUCCAGUAGUUGGAGAGGCUGAUAGGACUCCUCUUCCCUGCUGUGCUCCUGACCUGCUGUGUCACUAGGAUCACCUCCCCCUUCCUAAACUGGAGCCUUUCUUUUGGAUGGAGUGAAUUCCCCUGGGCAGAACAGAGGCUGCUUUUACUGCCGUAGGGUGGGGUAGCUAAGGGUACUGGAGGAGGUCAAAGGGUUCAGAGGUAGGGGUGAGCUGGGAUACAGGGCUCACUGCAGCACUAAGGAGAGAGGCUCCAGAGGGCAGAAAGUGGGUGAGCUUGGUGCUCCUUCCAGCAGCUUUUGAUUCUGGGGAGGAACCUGCUGCACAUGUCUCUGUUGUUCAUUGUUUUCCCCUGUUUCCAUCCAGGAUCACAUUCUAUGAGUCUCAUUGAAUAAUAAAAUAAGAAAAGGC